UAAUAAACAUGGUGUAAUCAUCUCCUCUUCUGUUUCCAUCUCCUUGGUGGUCAUAUUCUCCUUUUGUCUUGUCUCCUACUUCGAUUUGCUCAGAACGGUUAAUCUGGAUUGUGCGUCUAGUAUUCAUUUCAAUUCUGCUAGAUCGAGGCAAUCUAGCCAAAUAUUAGAACAGAAGAUGGAAACCAUUCCGAGAGUGAUAUUCAGCCAACCCAUUGGUUACAAGAUUGAAGAGUUGCGCAAGGGUAAUCCUGAAGGGAAGAAAGCGUUUUCUGGAGCACGGGUUAGUAUCCUCUACACUGGGAGUCUUCAGGAGACAGGGACUAUCUUUGCUGACUUCACAGGAACACCUGUCGAGCUGAUUCUCGGUUCUGGAGAAAUUCUUCAUGCAGUCGAAGUUGGUGUUGCUGGAAUUGUUGGUGUUGCAGACAUGCUUGUUGGUGACAGAAGAAAGAUCACUGUUCCUCCACGUAUGGGGUAUGACAAGCGCGGUUACGGUGAACUGGUUCCUCCAAAUGCUUGUCUGAUUUUUGAAGUGGAACUGGUCGAUGCUUGGGAUGAAAUCCCCUUGUGGGAACCCAUUGAUACAGCGCCAAGACCCAAGAAUGGGUUCACCUUUGAAGUGUUGGUUAACGGUUUACCGGACAGCAAGAUUGCUGUUUCAGGACGACAGGUUCGUAUUCGCUACACUGGAAGUCUUCUGAAGACUGGGGACGUUUUUGAUAACAAAUUCAGCAUAAAGCCAAGAAAGUACCUUGUUCUCGUACAAUGUGUAUGGGAUUCAGUUUUGGCAUUCAUGGGAUGCAUGUUGGUGAGAAAAGGACGAUCACGGUUCCUCCCAUAUACGGGUAUGGCCACUUGGGUAAGGCUACAGUCAUUCCUCCUCAUGCUUGGCUUGUUUAUAAAGUGGAACUUGUUGAUGCUGAAUCGGUUGGUGAUGUUAACUUUUAGAUUGCGUCCGGACUAAACUCUUUCUCCUUUGUUGAAUCAACGAUGUGGCCAGUGUGGACAAACUUCUUUGCCAUUUCGCUCUUUUAGUUUUUCACAAAUGAUGUGUUGCUUUGCAUAAUACAUUUUUCUCUAGUACAAUAAGACAAUCUUUUCUCUAACAAAAAAAAUAACAAAAGACAUGGCAGUUUCUUAAAA